GUGAAACCAGCUCCUUAGAAUCGUCAGAACUCUCUGGUCGAAUUCGCCGGACUCAAGUUGUCCUGCCAGACUGUCAAUUAUCCCGGACGAUUGGAGGAAGGGCUGGCCCCCGACGCGCCAAUGGAAGAUGGAUCCGAGCAGACGCCUGUGGGACGGUCCGUCGACAGUGGAGAGCUUCUUGGGAGACCACGAUCGGGGAGCGCCAACAGCACUGGUCAUCGCCGCAGCUUGUCUGGCAGUCUCUUGGCGAAGCUGUCGUUCCUCCGGAUGAGCCAGACAACAGAUACAAGUUCUGGGAAGGAUGCUGAUGUCGAGGGGGACGAUGGAGAUGGCUCUCUCCCAACACCGCGGCCGAAGGGCAGGGCAUUGGCGACAGCGAUCCAGCAACAGAGGCGGACCCGCAGGAGGAAGGGUUCCUUGCGCAAGACGGCCCUGCUAGGCACACGAUUCGAAUCCAGGGAGAAGAGACUGAAUAAUGGCUCGCCCAGGAGUUUAGACGUUUCGCGCGGCGACUCCAACGGAUACAGUACCGACAACACCUCGCGACGCUCACCAGUCAGUCCAACCUCUCUCGACGACGAAGCCACUCCACGAGGCAGUUUCGAUGGCGACGAUGGUAUGUCUGCCUCCGGAUGGUCGCGCGUGAACACACGACGCAACAGUAACCUACUGAGUGCGUCCACCACUCCUUCGCGUCUACAGCCCAACGUGUCCAGUUCGAUACUCGGCGAUGAGACAACGACCGACGACGAAGACAUCAUCCCCUUCCCCCGUCUUGCCAAUUCCACCAUUCGAGGUGCAUCCACCACCAGCGGCACCGGCGCCGCUGCUGCUGGAGUCCACAUCCCGACCCCAUCAUCCAGUUCAGAUUCCUACUUCCCUCUCCGAUCCGAGUCUAUGAGCCGGCAGCACAGAGCGGGACAUCGUCCGAAAUCGCCCCUUGCAACUCACUCCUCUGACCUGAAGAGCGUCCAGGAUAUAUGGGAUUACUCAGAGACAGAAUGGUGGGGCUGGAUCAUUCUCAUAGUGACGUGGAUUGUGUUUGUGAUCGGUAUGGGCAGCUGCUUCGGAGUCUGGAGCUGGGCAUGGGAUGUUGGUGAAACGCCAUAUGCACCUCCGGAACUGGAGGAUGAUCCUACCUUACCGAUCGUUGGGUACUAUCCUGCCCUGAUGGUCUGCACGGCUGUCAUGGCGUGGGUUUGGGUGGUGGUCGCGUGGGUGGGGAUGAAAUAUUUCAAACAUGCGAAUAUCUCUGGAGAAGAUAUCUAGGAUUUUAGGGCCAGUGAGCAUGUCGACAUGACUUGCAACGUAUACUAUUGAAAGAGAAGGGAAGAAGUUUUUCUCUUCUGGCCUUCCUAUACUGGCUCGACAUCCUUGUGGGGAGUGAAGCUGGAGAAUCAGAUAUGCUAUUCCUUGUGAAAGCGACUGACAUUACAAAUGGUUCGAAUAGUUAACUACAAAAAUGUAUUAGAAUAACGACGUGAAA